GUGUUAAAUGAUUAAAAUGGAGUUUAUGGGACCUGGCCUUUAUGUAAUUUGGAGCUUUUUUGGAUAACUGAUUCUGGAUACAAUAAGGUGGCUGUGGAAGAGACUGGAGAACUGAAGAGGUGGACAACUGCUGGACAAAAAAAAAAAAAAAAAAAAUACAGCCCAACUAUAGUCUCUAAUAUCAUUCUCUUUAUCAGACAAAGUGUUACUAUAAAGACAAACAACCCUUUAAAACUGCAAAAUUAGCAUAGCCUUUUGUGUACAUAGACAUAUUUACCUAUUUUGGAGUAAUUAGAAUGUGAAAUUUUCUAGUAAUUUUUUUGUAGUUUUCUAAGGUCAAGUUAGUAGCAUUCUUUUUUACCUUGCGUUUAGAUAGUCGAAAGGCCCGAAGCUCUGGACCCUUUUCCCGAGACUCCGGCCCCCCUGCCCGAGGCUCUGGCCCCUCGCACCUACCUUCUUUUUCUUUCAGCCCUGCUGGGGGCCAGGGUUGGAGGUCGGAAGCCGGGUCUGGGCUAGCAGGCCAACCAGAUUUUUCCCGGUGUCCGGCUGGCCCAGUCAGACACUGCCUUGGAUACAUUCUGAUUUCCCCCACUGUUGACAUGUGCUCUACUGUUUUAAAUUAUUCUGCUCCUGGGGGCCGGGAUAUUUUGAACUUUUAUUAAUGCAGCAGCUUCCAGAUAUCCCUUUUCCCCCAUUUAUAAUUUGUUUUUGAGACAUUCCCUUUCCAUGGCAAAAAUCAUUAUUACAAAUACAGUAUGUAUAUUUUGGGGCAGGAAAAAAAAAACUGCUCAAUUGGUGCCGUAUAUAUUUUAUAAUAUUCUUUGGAUCAUAAACGUCAUAUAUCAGCCCUAAAACGAGCAUGUUUUGCUGCACUAUCUAUUUUUGGUAGGUUAUUAGGUGCCUUAAAGAUGCUCUGUUGGCUGAAUUGAUCUAAUGCAGCCACUAAAGGCUUUCUGUACAGGUGAUGUCAUCCUUUUAGCCAGGCUCUCCCCAUUAGAUAUUUCAUCUUGCUGCGUUCAUCCAAUCGAUGCCGCCUGCUCCUAAGGGACCUACUGAGAGAUGCAAGCAAGAGAGAGAGAAAAGAGAGACUGUAGUAAGACUCGGGACUUCUCUCUUUCAGCCGUUGUAAACAGAGCAUUUUAUUUAUUUAAUUCAGAUUAACUAGACCUUUUUUUUUAAAGCAUGUUAAUGCUUUUAUUUGAAUGCAAAUGGGACAGAAGUGCUCUCUUUGCAGCCACUUGAUGCGGAAUAGGCUGAACACCUCUAUAGAAAAUAUCUGAAAAAAAAGAGGAAACUUGACAUCUGUAAUUUGGAUCCGGAAUUCUGCAAGAGAGAGACCGUCGCACUCGUGAAGAGGGGAGUUUAAGCAAUGUAGAUUCUGCAGUGUGCUUAUUGCAUUGUCUGGGAACACCGUCAUUUAUUUGGAGGCUUUAUGGCACGAGCAAUUGAAUGGAAAAGCCUCUGCGUGACAUACUGCAUCCUUUCCUAAGUGCAGGACUUGCUGCCUCUCUGCAAGGACCAUCUGCUGCCCGGUUACAUUUCCUAGGAAGGAACACCCACCGUAUCUAGUGUGAGAAGAAACUGGAAUUAUCCCAUCUAUUCUGGAUGCUUCUGGCCAAAGGAAACUUUGAAAUAUGGCAUUCCUUGUAAGAUGCUAUGCCAACUGUCUGCAGCCCUGGGCUUCGAAACUCCCCACAGACCUUUCCAAAAUACACCUCUCCGACAGCCCUCAUCCACAUGUUACCCACGUGCCAUCCAGCCAAUCAGGAUGCAGCAUUGCAAGCGACUCUGGAAGCAGCAGCUUAUCAGAUAUUUACCAGGCAACAGAAAGUGAAAUGGGGGAUGUUGACUUGACAGGUUUGCCAGAGGCAACUGUUGAUUCUGAAGAUGAAGAGGAAGAUGAAGAUAUUGAGAGAGCUUCAGACACAAUGCUGACUCGAGACAUUGUGAGGGAGUGUCUUGAGAAGGAUCCCACAGACAGAACAGAUGAUGACAUUGAGCAAUUGUUGGAAUUCAUGCACCAGCUUCCAGCCUUUGUCAACAUGACCAUGUCGGUGAGGCGAAAACUUUGCUCGGUCAUGAUUUUUGAAGUUGUGGAACAGGCUGGCGCGAUCAUCAUUGAAGAUGGGCAAGAACUGGACUCUUGGUAUGUCAUCCUUAAUGGGACUGUAGAAAUCAGCCAUACAGAUGGCAAGGUGGAAAACCUUUGUAUGGGAAAUAGCUUUGGGAUAAACCCAUCUUUAGAAACACAGUACAUGGAUGGAGUAGUAAAAACCAAAGCAGACGAUUGCCAGUUUGUGUGCAUAGCACAGCAGGACUACUUUCGGAUAUUAAAUCAUGUGGAAAAAAACACACACAAAGUCAAGGAAAAAGGAGAGAUUGUUAUGGUUAACGAACACCGAGAGCUGGAUAGAAGUGGCACACGGAAGGGACACAUAGUAAUUCAGGGGACACCAGAAAGACUCACCAUGCACCUAAUAGAAGAGCACUCUGUUGUUGACCCUACCUUCAUAGAAGAUUUUCUAUUAACAUACAGGACAUUCCUUUCAAGUCCAUUAGAAGUUGGGGACAAGCUUUUGGAAUGGUUCAAAGAUGACAGUCGUCGCGACAAGGUAACACGAGUUGUACUUCUAUGGGUUAACAACCAUUUCAAUGAUUUUGAAGGAGAACCUGCAAUGACAAGGUUCUUGGAAGCAUUUGAAAGGAAUCUUGAAAAUGCGAAAAUGAAGGGUCAUCUGCGACUGCUAAACAUAGCCUGUGCGGCAAAAGCCAAAUUGAGACAGGUUACACUGCUUAAACCUUCUCGUGAAUCACCUUUUAAUUUCACCGUUCUUGGGGGAAGUGACAAAGGUUUCGGCAUGUUUAUUGAAAGUGUUGAGGCCGGAAGCAAAGCUGCAGAAGUUGGAUUAAAAAGUGGAGAUCAGAUUAUGGAAGUCAAUGGGCAAAAUUUUGAAAAUAUCCCUUACGCAAAAGCCCUGGAGAUCUUGAAAAACAACACACACCUUUCCAUCACUGUGAAAACCAACAUUUUUGUGUUCAAAGAGCUUCUAAAUCGAAUUGGGCAGGAGAAAAAAAAUGGGGUCCCACACGUCCCUAAAAUCGCAGAGAAGAAGAAUAAUAGAUACUCCAUCCCCGAUCUCUCAAAUGAUGUAGAACAGAUGUUUCCACGGGAUCGAACAAGCAAGAAAAUGAAAGCCAAUACAGUCUCUGGGGGGCGGAAUCGAAUCCGGAAAAUCUUGGACAAGACACGUUUUAGUAUAUUACCGCCUAAGCCAUUCAGUGACGGUCGUGUUAUCCAGUCGCAGGAUGACAGUAUUGUUGGCACCAGGCAGUGCAGACACAGUGUGGCUAUUAUGCCCAUUCCAGGCACGCUAUCAUCGAGCAGUCCAGACCUUCUGCAAGCUACAACAAACAUAUUGGAUUUUGCCAAUCCUACAGCUUUUGGAUUUUACUACAUCCCAGACCAAGUCAUACGAAUCUUUAAAGCAGAUCAGCAGUGCUGCUAUAUCAUCAUCGGCAAAGACACAACUGCUAAGGAGGUGGUGGUGCAGGCGCUCCAUGAAUUCAGCCUUACGGGCUCCACAGACACAUACUCUCUGUGUGAGGUCUCUGUCAGUCCAGAAGGCGUCAUUAAACAAAGGCGGCUUCCAGAUCAGCUUUCUAAACUGGCAGACAGAAUCCAGCUAAAUGGAAGGUAUUAUUUGAAGAACAACAUGGAGACAGAGACAUUGUGCUCAGAUGAAGAUGCUCAGGAGCUUCUCCGUGAAAGUCUCAUCUCUCUCCUUCAGCUUAGCACUAUCGAGGUGGCAACGCAGCUUUCUAUGAGGGACUUUGAGCUCUUCCGUAAUAUUGAGCCCACCGAGUACAUUGACGACCUUUUCAAGUUACAUUCCAAGACCAGCGCCGCUCAUCUUAAACAGUUUGAGGAAGUGAUCAACCAAGAGACUUUUUGGGUGGCCACGGAAAUUCUAAGAGAACCAAACCAGUUGAAGAGGAUGAAAAUUGUGAAGCAUUUCAUUAAGACUGCCCUCCAUUGCAGAGAAUGCAGAAAUUUUAAUUCCAUGUUUGCUAUUAUAAGUGGGCUAAAUCUUGCACCUGUGGCUAGACUUCGAGGAACUUGGGAAAAGUUACCCAGCAAAUAUGAGAAACUGCUUCGAGACCUGCAAGAUCUCUUUGACCCCUCAAGAAAUAUGGCAAAAUACCGUAACAUUCUAAGCAGUCAGAGCAUGCAGCCUCCCAUCAUACCUCUCUUCCCAGUGGUCAAGAAGGAUAUAACAUUUCUUCAUGAAGGAAAUGAUUCAAAGGUUGACGGGCUAGUAAAUUUUGAGAAGCUGCGAAUGAUUGCCAAAGAGAUCCGACAUGUUGUCCGCAUGACUUCUGCUAAUAUGGAUCCAGCAGUUAUGUUUAGGCAAAGGAAGAAGAGGUGGAGAAGUUUAGGGUCCUUAAGUCAAGGCAGCACAAACUCUAACAUGCUGGAUGUUCAAGGAGGUGGUCACAAGAAACGGGCUCGCAGAAGUUCUUUCCUUAAUGCUAAGAAGCUGUAUGAAGAUGCCCAGAUGUCAAGGAAGGUAAAGCAGUACAUCUCCAACCUGAGUGUGGAAAUUGAUGAGGAGAAGAUCCAACUCAUGUCAUUGCAAUGUGAACCAGCCUACAGCACUUUGGCAAAGAAUUUAAGUGAGAGAAGAUCUGCUAAAUCUGACAUGUCUCCUGCACCUUUGAGGCCAUCGGGCCAAACUACCAAAGCCCAUAUCCAUCAGCAGAACAGAAUGAGCCAAGUACUACAAGUCCCUACAGUAAAUUUAUAUCCGAUCCGAAAGAAAGCACUAGCUAAGGAACAGCUUCCAUGCACUUCAGGAGCUCCACAAAAAAUCUCUGGCUUGACAGACGAGGUUACAGUUAAAGCACAGUUAGAAGACUCUGUUUCUCUCGUGUCAUCAUUGCAUUCCAGCCCAGCAGCCUCCCCUCAAGGCUCUCCACGUAAAGGUGUUAGCAUUUCAAGAUCAGGGAACUCCAGUCAGAUGAACCUCUCUGGAUCCUCCUCAUCACUAACCAGUGAUCUAAACCAGAAGAUCUGCACUCAGCGUGGCUAUGGAAUAGGCUACGCCACAAAACCAUCAGCGAGAUCUGAUAACUUUUCAGACUCGAGCAACAGUGAGAUCUCAUCACGGUCAAGUCUAGUCAGCAAUUGCUCAGUAGAUUCCAUGUCGUCAACCCUUCAGGAUGAAAAAUCUUUGCCUCAUCCACAUGCUGAGUCAAUGGGAACAGCAGAAAGGAAAGAAGUUCAUCCGUCCUCUGAGUAUAACCAGCCCUGUAGUAGCUGGCUUCAUGCGAGGCAUCCUGUCAUCCGAAAUGUCAUAGCAUGUGCGAGCGGUGAAGACGUAUCUCACGACCACAUUGCUGUAGAGCCGGCAGAUAGUGGCCGGGGCAGUUGGACAUCUUGUUCAAGUAAUUCACAUGACAAUUUCCAAUCUUUGCAAAGCCAGAAGGGACAGGAGCGCUUAAGCACUUACCGCCAUUCACCUAUUGACGCCCCAAUUGCUGAGGCAGUGCCGGCGAACUGCAGCAUAGAUGAAACACAGAGUGAAGACUGUACCAAAGGAAAUAGGCACUCAAACAACAGUUUGGAACUAAACGAAUCUCGGCAAAGUUGGGCUUCGUCGAGCUCAUUGUCAGAUACUUACGAGACGAACUAUGGCACCAUAAAGCGAAGAGUGCUGGAAACAGGGGAAAAAACUGAGGCUUUGGGCCAACAAAGUGCGGAUGUCUUUUAUAAAACAGUUACUUCCACUACUGAAAAAGGACUGAUAGUGUACUGUGUCACCUCAUCUAAGAAGGACAGUAGGUAUAGAGAGCCACCUCCCACUCCUCCGGGCUACCAGGGGAUAUCAUUAGCCGACAUAAAGGAAGGACAACCCCACCAACCGCACUUAAAACCUCCAGAUUAUAGUGUGGCGAUACAGAGGUCAAAGAUGGUACAUAAAGACCUCUCUAGGCUUUCAUCAGCCUGUGUUGAUAGUGAACCGGUCUCAUGUGUCUCACAGAAGACGAUUACCCAUUGGCAUAACCGGCAUCAGCCUUAUCCUAAUGUUCAGGCUGACAAAGAUAGUAAAGAAGAUGAAGAUGAUCAAAUGUCAGCGGUUUAAAUUCUCGAUCGUUUACAAGGCAAUAAAGAAGACUUGAAAAUGUUAGCAAUGAUGCUGAAUCCAUUAAACUGAAGCCGAUCCCUUGCUGCUAGUAACCUCCAUCCAAAUUUUGAAUUGAUUAUUAACAGUGUGAAAUUGGGCCUCUUGCAUUGAAGGGCAUUUUUCUGCUAGAGAAUUGGAGCUCUGCCGGCACUGGACAACAAGAUCUGUAAAGAGAGCAGAAAUCCACACCUUCUAUAACCCCAUCUCUCCUGUGAUCCAUCAUAAUCCUACUGCAGAGCCAUGAUCCCUCGGCGUUCAGUACAUUACUCUUAAAUCAAGUGCUAUUCACUCUUCCCUUGUUUGUUUGUUUGUUUUUCUAACGAACGUGUUGAUUUUAAUGAAACUCAGGUAAUGCUGAGAAAACAAAUUUGCAAAUAUACGCGUGUAUGUAAAUAUAAA